AUGAAUUCCAAACUCUUCGUCGUGGUGACUGUCUUCUUGUUUGUUCUUCUGGUAAAUGCCAAAUCAGGGUCAGAAGAGUCAACGUCAGCAGAGAUGAAAGAAGCUAUUGAUGCACUACUACACCAGCAUACAAAGCACAAUCGUCGUUCAUGUGGAGCUGGGGCAGUGUUCAAAAUUAUGGAGCUGUGUCCCAAUUUAUGCACAAUCUCAGAUGAUAAUAUCUACGAAGAUAUGUGCAAGGGACAUCUUUCGGAUUACGCCAUCAUCAAACGUUGUUGUCCGUAG